AAUGUCAUCACCUUUUCUUCCCUCAUCUCCGCCUGCGAGCGCUCGGGGCGGUGCGACCUGGCGCUGCGGCUGUUUGACGAGAUGCGGCGCGAGGGCUGCCGCCCCAACGUCGUCACCUACAACGGCCUCAUCGGCGCCUGCGCGCAGGCCGGCAUGUGGGCCAAGGCCGCCGAGGUGUUCGAUUCCAUGAUCGGCGGCGGCGUGCGCCCCGACGCGGUGACCUUUUCGGUGCUGGUGGCGGCGUACGAGCGCGGUGGCCAGUGGCGCCGCUGCCUGCAGGCCUUUGAGCAGAUGCAGCAGCAGGGCUUCCGCCCCGAUGCCUGCGUUUACAACGUGGUGAGCUGGAGCUGGGGUCUGAGGCAGGGCGGCUGGUUACAGCUGAGCGGGGCCCGGCCGGGGACCGCGCCGGGCGGCGGCGGCGCGCUGGGGAGGCUGCGGGGGGCCGCGGGCCGACGCCUAGGCAGCCGGCGCGUCCCUCGCAGCGGGAGUGGCCUCUUGUAG